UGGGAGCCGGCGGGAUCGGUUCCACGAUGCACUUGAUGGCCCCAUGAUGGAGAAAGAUUAAAUUUGGGGACUGUUCAGCCUCGGACAAACAAUGUAGCUUGAGGAGAGGGGAGUGCGGUGAUCGAUGUUGUUGUGCCGUGUGAGUACCCUCAUUGCUCGCAGCAGCAUCAUCAGGUUGUACUGCUCGAAGCGAACGUUUAUUGAAUGGCCACCACAAUUGAUCUGUGAUGUGUGGGUGGACGGUUGCAAUAAACUCUUUUAGCAGCGCUAGAUGGCGUUUUCUUAGGCCAAGCUGAGAGUCAUAAGCGAGUCAGUUUUUGGGUGACCAUCACUGCUUAUCGAUUCGUGAGAAGCAUUCCACUUGGAAUUGCGGAUGGUUAGUCAAGGAUAGUGAAUUGGAUGAUGUAGAUGAUUUUUACCCACACAUGGGCUGCUGCUCGGUCUGCAGUUCGGUCCUAUGCAGCAUCAGGAUGAUGCUUUUGCUUCUGCCAGGACUUCACCGGGUCAUAACGAGUCCGGAGAGGUACAACCGAGGGUUAGAUGUUGGUGAGCAUGGUUGGGCGAGUUGACACCCUUGUCCUCAAUUCAUCCGUCGUUUUCGCAAUCUGCUGUUCCUAGUUCUGCAUGCAAGCUUCCGUUUCGAGAGUGUGAGUGACAACUGUUCUAGAUCCCUAAAGGAUCAGAUAUUCGGGAACUCAAGGGUGCUGUUGCAAUUUUCGAAAGAUGUGGAUGGGGUACAACCACGCGCUAGUGCGAGGAGCGACAAGCAAACCGAUGAGGGGAAGCGGAGCUCUUGCAGUCACUGUUCGUAUUAGAAUUGAGGAUUUUAGCAACAGAAGGUCUUGUGGAUCUAAGUCCCUGCGUUUGGCGAUGGAAGUUGGUCUCAUCAGCUGAAAUCCUUUGUAGUCGCUAAACGGCCGAGUUUAGUGUCUGGCGGAAUUGACCAUUCUGCAGCACUCCAAGGUCUUUCAGCUGAUAUGAAACAAUUGACAAAUGAGGUAUGCAAAUACUGUGGGUUGCGAGACAAGUUCACAAGACAUUUGAUUCAGGAUAUAUAACCCCAUGCAUAGAUUAUCCAAGCGUCACUUAGCAGGGAUAUUUCAGUUUUAGAACAGAAUUUGCUAAUUGGGCGAAGCUCUUCAAGUUGAUAGUUUCAUGAAUUUCCACUCAUUACUGGAGUCUGCGCCAGUUUUUCGAAGUAUCAAUUAGAGUGGUCAAAAUGGCGGCGUUGAUGGUUGAGACGCCCAUAGCCUUCGGGCUUACGAUGGCGGUGUGUUUGGCUUUAUUCUUCUAUUGUUGGCGCAUUCGGAAGUUUCGUAAUCGGCUCACCUCCGUCCAAGUCGCAGCCACGCCUAAUGAAGUGAAUUCAGGGUUGCAGAUUGGAAUCAAGCAGGAUGUGAUCAAAACCUUCCCAACUGUGAUGACUAAGGAGCUGAAAAUUGACAUCAAGGAUGGGCUUCAGUGCCCGAUAUGUCUGGUCGAGUACGAGGAGGCGGAAGUGCUGCGAAAACUUCCACUCUGCGGCCAUGUUUUCCACAUACGUUGCGUCGACUCCUGGCUAGAAAAGCAAGUCACUUGUCCUGUUUGCCGCAUUGUUCUCGCGGGAGUUUCCAAGUUAUCACUUCGAACUAACCGCCAGCAAAACUAUCUUAAUCACUACAGAUUUCCCUCCAGCCCCCGCUCUGUAACCGUAGAGGUGGCUGGCAACAUACCCGCAUGGGUUCUUGUCAAUCGACCUCUGCCCUUGCCACCAGCCAUUCCUGAGCGCCCCUCGGUGGACAGCGUCACCUCUCUAGAAUCCAGCCCCUUGGACAUUGAUGUGCAGCCUUCAGCCAAUUUCGGCAUGACCGGCGAGUCUCCACUCCUCAUUCCUCACGAUGCAGGAUGGGGAGCUAUCUACCUGCAGAGGAGUCAUGGCGCACUGAGCUUUAAGGCGCGAACAGGCGCAGACAUCGCAAUCGAAACCAAAGAGUGCGUCGAUCAUUCUUCCAUAAGCGAGAGGUGGAUGACAGAGUCGUUCUCUUUUGGCAUCUCCACCUGCGAGGACGUGUCUUCGACAAGAUCUAGCCAUAAUGUGUGGCAAGCUGACUCGACUACACGCCAUUCUUCGUGGAGCUCACACUCCCACAACUCAUUGUGUGAUAUCUACCAACCCACGAUGAAGAAUUGGGAGUCGGAGGAAGUGUUUGAGUCGCUAGCCACCCAUCACCAGCCCUUGACGAUGUCCCCAGAGCGCUGCUCCUUUGAGUUUCUGCCCAUCAUCACAGGCACUGAAGGUGACUGCAUUUUGAAGCACAAUUCUUAUGCGCCGAAACCAGAAAGAACUGAGAUCGGUUCAAGCCCUCACUCUUACUCCCAGCUCUGAAUUUUUCCUCCCGAAUUCUGGAGAACCAUCUCUUCACCACAUUAGUGCACUCCGCAAAUUUCUUCAUGGUCAUGACUGUUGGAAGCAUUCAUUUUUCGGGAGGGCGGAGUGCACCGCUGGUUUUACGUGUCUCGCAACGAAGGUUUAGAAGGGGACUGUCGGAGAAGAUUGGUUUGCUCGAAAAGAGUUGCUCCGUUGAAGAAGCACUUUUACGGGACGGAAUCCCAAACCGAAAAUAAGGUUCAAAUUUUAGGCAGAGUAGAUGGUAACAAACUGUACAUUCACACUGUGGCUUAAGGAAUCACCGCCGGAAUGUAGUAAUCUUGUAAAUAAUCACCCAGCCGUGAUCUUAGAGGCAGUAAAGUGAACAUAAACAUGCGAGUUUACUGACACAAGAAAACUUUGUUCACAAUGCGAUUCACAAUACAAAGUGAAGGAAACGCACUGGGUUCCAGUAAUACCAACUCAACUCCAAUCUCAUGAA